AUGACCGCCGCAUCAGACUCGUCGACCGAGCCGCAGCACGAGCCGGCACCAAUGGACGCCACCUUCGACGCACCGGUUUCUACUGAGCAGCAGGAGACGACACUGACGCCCAGAACUGGUGAGCUCUUGGACCGUGUGGUCACGGAUGUUAGUCAGGCCUUUCAGUCAUCCCUUGUCCAGGUCGUAUCGGACAUUGGACGCGAAUACGGCGUUGAGCCCAGCUCUAAGUUUGCAUGGAUGGAGAAAGGCGGUGCUGCUGUUGGACCUGGCGACAAGCAGCUGCCCAGGAACGACGACGGCGAGGGCGACACUGACGACGUGCGCCGCGUCUUGCGCGAGCUCCAACUCUCGCGGCUUCAAGUUCGACAACUGCAGCAGGUCGUAGACGACUUGCACGACGAUCAACGUGUUUCAAAGCAACGCGUGGCACUCUUCAGUACGUUGUCGGCCAAACUGAAGCGUGAUCUUGUAAGCGAAAGACUGGCGCUUAUGGAAGCUAAGAAUGAAAUUAAGGAACUGCGACGAAUACGCAGCGGGGAUGAUACUGGUUCAGGUGGUGUAGGUAGUCGAUCUCCACAGUCUAUAUCGCUGCAAGAACAAAAUGAUGAUCCGUGGAACUCGCCAAACAAACCCAUUGGCGGCUCUGGCGGUGUCACUGGAUCAGGUACGACCGAAGGGCCAAAUCUUAUGGGUUUUAAUUUCUAUCCUUCGGCAUCGUCUAGAGGUGCAGGUGAUCAGGAGGGCGCUGACAACGAUGAUUCUCCAUCAACUUCCUCGAGCACACAGACACUCCGCAGCACUUUAAUGGGCCAGUUCUUACCGUCUGCGUUGCUGGAUUCACCUCAAAUGACACCUAAAGACGGCAGGCCAUUUGCGGUUGACAUACUUAACGAGGAGAAAGUACCGCCUCCUGUUUUUCAAUUGAUGGACGAUAUAGAAUCACUGUCUCUCACAUCACCACCACUGCCAGAGGCCUCGUCGACGCGUUCGACUGGACAGCAACAAUGCACAUACGACGGUACAGAAGACGAAUCAAAGGAGACAAGACAGAAUGACAGUGGUAGGAUGUCGACGCUUUCAGCAGUUUCACCUUUAAAAGUGUCCAUGCUGUCGGAGCUUUUCGACGCUAUUCCGGUCGAGGAGUUGGAAAUGGUUUUGAUGCGUGUUCAUGGUGUGGAGUCUGCAGCUAUUGACAACAUAUUGAGUUCACAUCCAAGCUUUAAUCCAGCCAUUGGAGCUGGAGGAAGAGCAGAAAGCGGCGUAUCGAUGGCGUCACUAUCGCCGUCUCUGUCAUCUUCAGCUGGUCAGAGCAAGACGAGCUUGCACCGCAGCAGCCAAAGCGUAACGAGUGGGCCUCCGCCAGGACCUUCUGGCAACCGGAAGACGGAGAUUUGCAUGUACUACAUGCAAGGCAAGUGCAAUAAGACAAGGCGUACGUGUUCAUUUGCUCACGGUGAGAGUGACCUGGCUCGUUCUACCGGUUCGAGCUGCGGUGGUAGCAAUAGCAAGCAGGGGCUUACCUACAAGACUCGACUUUGCCAAGCUUAUGAAAGUGGCACAUGCACUAAGGCUCGUCGUGAUUGCCCUAUGGCUCACGGAGCGAACGACCUGCGCGACGGAGGAACCGCAAGCGGCACUAUUGGAGGCAGUCAGCCGACUCUGCCUACUGCAACUCCUCGAUUGCAGAGUUACAAGACCGAGAUGUGCUACUAUUUUUUGAAAGGUAACUGCAACUACUCGAAAGAGGAUUGUCGCUUUGCACACGGUCAGAAUGACUUGCACACGGUGGAGAGCAAUACGGCGCAGAUUGCUGCUGUAUCCAGCGCUGGUUUUGGUGGCGACUAUGGCUCUACAUCACCCGUCCCACCGCCGCCAGUAGUUACGAUGGAAAAGCAGCUUCAACUGCAGUAUCAGUAUCAGCAACAAUAUCAGCAGCACCUUCAGCCGUCAUCAAUGGCUUCUUUCCAGCCCCAGCCUCCUCCAGCUCCGCAACAGAGUUUCGUACCUCAACACCAGAUUCAGUUGCAGCACUCGUCGAGAGGAGCAGGCGGAGCUGUGCAUUACCAGUUCGGCUUCCAACACCAGCAAUACGAAAUGACGCAGCAGCAACAACAGUACAUGCCACCCCCCGGUCAAUACCGCUAUUUGAAAAAUGUCGAGGACAAGCGUCCAGCAUCAGUUGGCCGUCCACCUCGACGAGAUUCUGGUUCAUCCUGGAGUAGUUUUGAUGCAACGGGGCUGCCACCGUCGGAGUAUUGA